CGGGAGGGGAGCUGCGUCCCCUCGUCGCUGCUCGGGGCGCUGGCAGGAGCAGGGGGGUACGCAGACAGCGGCGCGACCCUCCCGCCCCCGGGGCCGGCGGGGUUCUGCGGGGGAUGGCGCCAGCGAGCCCUGAGCCUCGAGCACCGCGACGGAGGCACAGGGGGCCGAGCCGGGCGCUGCCGGGGGGACCCCACUCCUCCCGACCCCGCCCGGUUUCCGGUGGCCGCCCCUCCUCCGGAACCCCUCCCGGCGGCGGCGGGCGGGGCGGCGGCGGCAUGGCUGGGGUCCGGCGGGCACGCUGACCGGCGCGGGGGAUGGCGGCGGCGCGGAGGAUGGCGGCGGUGCGGGCACUGCUGGUGCUGGCCGUGGGGACCCAGGCAAGCAUUCUUUUCACAAAAGAGCCGUACUCCCAGGAUGCCCUGCACGGCCGCAGCGCCAUCCUCCGCUGCGAGGUGAAGGAGCCGGCGGACGUGGAGUUCCAGUGGCUGCAGAACGGCCUUCCCGUUCAGGACACGGAGCAGCGCUUCAAGGAAGGCAGCAACCUCCAGUUUGCUGCCGUGGAUCGGCACCGGGAUGCCGGGGUCUUCCAGUGCCUGGCGAGGAACGUGCUCACUGGGGAGGAGGCACGCACGGCCAACGCGUCCUUCAACAUCAAGUGGAUUGAGACAGGCAGUGUGGUUCUGAAGCAGCCGGCCAGCGUAGCUGAGAUCCAGCCCUCCUCCACAGUGGUGCUGCGGUGUCACAUCGAUGGCCACCCACGCCCCACGUGGCAGUGGUUUCGGGAUGGCAGCCCCCUCCCGGACAGCCACGGCACCUACUCUGUCAGCAACAAGGAGCGCACGCUGACCCUGCAGAGCGCCAGCCCCGAUGACGACGGGCUCUACUACUGCUGCGCCCGCAGCGCCGUCGGCUCCGUCUGCAGCCACAACAACUUCACGCUCAAUGUCAUCGACGAGAGCUUUCCUCAGGCAGUGAUCGUCCCGCGGGACCUCAUCGUGACCAAGAACGAAGAGGCCAUGUUUGACUGCCAGUUUGCAGCUGUGCCCCCUCCCACGCAGGAAUGGCUCUUUGAAGACAACCCUGUCACCAACAGAUCCAAGACCACCGUGUUUGCCAAUGGCUCCCUGCUGAUCACCCAGGUGAGGGCUCGCAGCACCGGUGUCUAUAAGUGCGUUGGCCAUGGGCAGAGGGGGAAAACUCUUGUGCUGAAGGCAACUCUGCGGCUGGCAGAGAUCGAAGACAUGGCACCCUUCUCCCCGAAGGUGUUGACAGCAAACCAGGGGCAUCGCGUGUCCUGCACUGCCCCACAAGGCAUACCCACACCCCAGGUCUGGUGGGAGAGAAACCAGGAACGAGUUCCCACUGCUGGCAGGGUGUACCAAGAGGGAGAGCAGCUCAUUUUCGCCAGUAUCACUGAGAUGGAUGCAGGGAUCUACACGUGCCAUGCUGCCAACAAGGCUGGAGAGAAGAAACAGGAGCUGAGCAUCACUGUGGCUACGGUACCCAAAUGGGUGGAGAUGCCCAAGGACAGCCAGCUGGAGGAGAGCAAGCCAGGAUACCUGCACUGCCUCAGCAAGGCCUCCCUGAAACCCACCGUCACCUGGUACCGCAACGGCGUCUCCAUUUCUGAGGACUCGCGCUUUGAGAUCUCGGAGAACGGCACGCUGCGCAUCAACAACGUGGAGGUGUACGACGGGACCAUGUACAAGUGUGUGAGCAGCACCCCGGCGGGCAGCAUCGAGGGAUACGCGCGGGUGCACGUGCUGGAGAAGCUGAAGUUCACCCCUCCACCUCAGCCCCUGCAGUGCAUGGAGUUUGAUAAGGAGGUUACAGUGUCCUGCUCAGCCACGGGUCGGGAAAAACCCACCAUCCAGUGGACUAAGACAGAUGGGAGCAGCCUGCCGUCCCACGUCAGCCACAACGCUGGCAUCCUGUCCUUCCACAAGGUGAGCAGGAGCGACUCAGGGAACUACACGUGCAUCGCCUCCAACAGGCCGCAGGGCGAGAUCCGUGCCACCGUGCAGCUCGUGGUAGCAGUUUAUGUCACCUUCAAGCUGGAGCCAGAGCACACGACGGUGUACCCGGGCCACACAGCCAUGUUCCAGUGCCAGGCAGAGGGGGACCCCGUACCGCACAUCCAGUGGAAAGGGAAGGACAAGAUUUUGGAUCCUGGCAAACUCCUGCCCAGGAUUCAGAUCAUGCCCAAUGGCUCCUUGGUGAUUUACGACGUCACCUCCGAGGACUCUGGAAAAUACACCUGCAUCGCUGGCAACAGCUGCAACAUCAAGCACCGGGAGGCAUUCCUGUAUGUUGUAGACAAGCCAGCAGCAGAAGAAGAUGAGGGACCUGCCAGCCACACGCCCUACAAGAUGAUCCAGACCAUUGGGCUCUCAGUGGGGGCAGCUGUUGCCUACAUUAUUAUCGUGCUGGGGCUGAUGUUCUACUGUAAGAAGAGGAGAAAAGCCAAGAGGCUGAAGAAGCACCCAGAGGGCGAGGAGCCUGAAAUGGAGUGUCUGAACGGUGAGGCCGGCGGUGCUUUGCUGCAGAAUGGGCAGAUGACAGCAGAGAUUCAGGAAGAAGUGGCCUUGACCAGCCUGGGCAGCAGCUCUGGGGCCAGCAAGCGCCACAGCGCUACUGACAAGAUGCACUUUCCACGUUCCAACCUGCAGACAAUCACAACCCUGGGCAGGGGGGAGUUUGGUGAAGUGUUCCUGGCCAAGGCCAAAGGCACAGAAGAUGGUGAGGGUGAAGCUCUGGUGCUGGUGAAGAGCCUGCAGACGAGGGAUGAGCAGCUGCAGCUAGACUUCCGACGGGAGGCAGAGAUGUUUGGGAAGCUGAACCACGCCAAUGUGGUGCGGCUGCUGGGGCUGUGCCGCGAGGCAGAGCCACACUACAUGGUCCUGGAGUACGUGGACCUGGGGGACCUGAAGCAGUUUUUGAGAAUCUCCAAGAGCAAAGAUGAGUCUCUGAAGCCACAGCCACUCACUACCAAACAUAAGGUGUCUCUCUGCACACAGGUGGCCCUGGGCAUGGAGCACCUCUCCAACGGCAGGUUCGUGCACCGGGAUUUGGCAGCCAGGAAUUGCUUGGUCAGUGCCCAGAGGCAGGUCAAGGUCUCGUCCCUGAGCCUCAGCAAGGACGUGUACAACAGCGAGUACUACCAUUUCCGCCAGGCCUGGAUCCCACUGCGCUGGAUGCCACCUGAGGCUGUGCUGGAAGAUGAGUUCUCCACUAAGUCGGAUGUGUGGUCCUUUGGGGUGCUCAUGUGGGAGGUCUUCACGCAUGGGGAGAUGCCCUACACUCCACUGGCAGAUGAUGAGGUCCUAGCAGGUCUCCAGUCAGGAAAGACGAAGCUCCCGCAGCCCGAGGGCUGCCCGUCGCGCCUGGCCAAGCUGAUGCAGCGCUGCUGGGCCCCCAGCCCUAAGGACCGGCCCUCCUUCAGCGAGCUCGCCACCACCCUUGGGGACAGCCCAGCUGACAGCAAAGCCUGAGCACCCCAGCCCUUGCUGGUGAAGGAUGUGGCGGGGUGGACAGGGGUCUGUAUGUGCCUGGGGCGCCCCUGGCACUCCCACAGCCCCUUGCUGAGCCCGACCCCGAUGCGCCAGCGAGCAGCUCAGCAUCAGCAGCUGCUGGACUCAAAGCACAAGCCAGUGUACCCCAGCCCCACCCCCCUCCCCAGUGGGUCCCAAAGACAGCCCUUGCUGCCUCCUGCCCCCUGCCUGCUCAGCCCGGUGCCCUUAGGCUGCUGGUGUGGAUGGAGCGCAGCUGCCCCUCCCACGGCGAGAGCUUGGGCGUCCCUGCUCACCGCAUCCAUCUCUGCCGGCCUGGCCCGGCUCUCUCUCCGUCCGUCUGUGCUAGGCAUGCCUGCCUGCCCCUUCCCCAUGGGGACAGGCCAGCCAACAGGAGCACAAAGUGCCUGGCAUAUGAAGGAGCUCACUACCUUUCCCAGUUUCCCUGUGCCUUUUUUUGUACUUAUGACUCUGGGCAGAGCCCCCUGUCUCCCUCUUCCAGAGCGCUGACUCCUCCCUACCAUAGUAUUUCUGUUACUGGAAUGCAGCCUAGAGUGGGUUAGUUUGUUUGCUUGAGUGGAGGGUACUGCAGCCAAGAAGGGUUGGGUUUUGUUGGGUUUUUAUGUGCUGCUCUCAAUAAAGAAGGCGCUUUUUUUUUU